GGAAAACGAUGCUUUCUUUCUCGAACAGAUUUCCUCCGUGUUCAUCGCAAGGGCCAACAAUGGAGUCUGCGAGAGAGUGUCAGCGCGUGAAACGUCACGAUUCGUUAUAAAGUUCUGUUUAGUGUCAAGAUUCCACGGUGGUUCUGCUAUUCGCAGAAUCGUCAAUUGGGAGGGACUGAGAUAACGAGCCAAUUGUCGCCUACGUGCAAGAAAAUGCUGGUCCUCGUGUGGCGAUAAUCGAGGAGCGAUUACGUGGAUAGCAUAAUGAUGAGGUGACACUGGUUCUGCCAUGCGGAACAAGUCAGUCACCAUUAUUUUUGGCUCUCUUGUCCUAUGGGGUUUGAUUACAUACUUUCUGAUCUCUGAUCAGCCAGUCAAUAAGGAACAAGAUACAGCUAGAGUAUCGCAUCAGAUUAGUAAAUUGGAAAGGAGAGUGAAGCAAGAAAUAGCACUGAAUCAGGAGAUUUUGCAGGUUAUUGAAGAGGAUAAGCGACGUAAAAAAGAAGAGAUAGAAGCAGCAAAUGCAAGUGCAGACGAAAGGCAAAAGAAUAGAAAUGAUAUUAACGAAGGCAAGGUUCUACCUGAGAAAGAAGAGAAGGAUACAAAGGAUAACGAUAAGGAUGCACAGGCUUCGCAAGAAGAUCUGACUCGUACUAGCAAAAUUUCUCAUAAUGUUCCUACUCAUGGAAAACUACUAGACGGAUCUCCAAUAAUAGCAGUCCUGGUGUUUUCUUGCAAUCGUGUUACUGUACAAAGAUGUAUCGAUCAACUGAUAAAACACAGGCCCAGCAUAGAACAGUUUCCAAUUAUCGUCUCCGAAGACUGUCAACACCGUCAGACCGCCGAAGUCAUCGCCAGAUAUGGAGAUCAAAUAAUGCACAUACAACAACCCGAUCAGUCGGAUAUCGAAGUGCCGCCGAAGGAGAAGAAGUUCAAAGGAUACUUUAAAAUUGCGCGUCAUUACGGAUGGGCACUCAAUCACGUAUUCUUUCAACUUGGAUACGAUACUGUGAUAAUAGUCGAAGAUGAUUUGGAUAUAGCCCCAGAUUUCUUUGAAUACUUCCUGGGUACAUAUCCUCUCCUAGUAUCCGACAAUUCUCUGUGGUGUGUGUCAGCAUGGAAUGAUAAUGGGAAAGCUGGUUUAGUUGAUGAGAAUGCAGCCGAUAUACUGUAUAGAACAGACUUUUUUCCUGGGCUGGGAUGGAUGUUGACGCGUCAAUUGUGGACGGAACUUUCACCGAAAUGGCCGAAAUCAUAUUGGGACGACUGGAUAAGACAACCUGAACAACGCCGGAAUAGGGCGUGCAUUCGACCAGAGAUAUCCAGAACGAGAACGUUCGGGAAAGCUGGCGUAAGCAACGGGAUGUUCUACGAAAGGCACUUAAAGUACAUCAAGCUGAACACCGAGCACGUGUACUUUACCAAUAUGAACUUAACAUAUUUGUCAAAAGACAAUUACGACAUGAGUUUCGUCAACGAUGUGUAUCAGUCGACAGUGGUCAGCUUUUCGGAAUUAAAGAAUGGAAAAGUUGUUGCACCGGGUGCAGUACGAAUACCUUAUUACAGCCGUCAAGCGUAUAAAAACACUGCCAAGCAGUUCGGGUUAAUGGAUGAUUUCAGGAGCGGUGUGCCCAGAACUGGGUACCGAGGAGUAGUUACAUUUUUCUACAAGGGGAGGAGAGUACAUUUAGCACCCAGUCCAAAUUGGAACGGUUACGACAUUACUUGGAGCUAACAGAGGAUUCGACGCAGCAGGGAUUUGUUAGACUGUACAAGUUAAUUGCUUCCAGAACGUUCGUUGAAACUGAGUGAAUAUUUUGAUCGAACAGAACUCCCGCGAACGUUUAUUCCGCUUGUAAUUUUUCUUGUAGAAAGUUUGUGAGCGAAAUUCGUAACGUGUAUUGUUGAACGAUGCGAGAGAGAUUUGCAUAGUGCCUCAAAAAUCAUACUCUCUGUUUGUACACGCAGUGCUAUGCAGAUGUAGGGUCUCCAGGUUAACCACAACAAAUAGAAAAAGAAAUGUGUCUGGCAAAGAUCCAUUGAUUAAGAGAAAAUAGUGUCCUGUAACGUUAUAUUUGCUUAGCACUGUGUAUUGAGAUGCAAAAGGACUGAUACAGAGAAUCUCAAUUAUUCGUGCAUUUGAAUUUGAAACACGAUGGACAUUUACUGUCCAGUUUUUACUUCCAUUCUGUUGAAUGACCUCUUCCAAAAUCACUUUAAAGACUGUCCGAUUACGUACUUUGUUAGCUCCCAAGACUACUGGUUACUUCGAAACAGUGGUGAUAUCUACAACAGUUGCACGAAUAAUCGAGAUUCCACCGUUGUGUACAUAAUGUUUAUAUUGUAUAUCACACAUGCAUAGUUCGAAAGCAAACGCAAUUUUUGGACUAAUUUUACUCCCCAGCUUACUUUCAUUCGCGUUCAUUGGAAUUGAUGGGGUAGAAAACACGGAGGAAGGUAGACUUGUUAGUCCAGAAAUAAUGUUUCCGAUUGACUCUCUGCAUUUAGUGUGCAUUGCUCACGGGUAAUAAUCGAAGAACCGAAGGUGCAAAUUUCCUGGAUCAGAAAAUCAGAAUAUUAAUAAACCGGGUGUGUUUUUUGAUCUUCGAGCAGAUCAAAGCUUCUGCUUUCUUUACCAAACAACGGGGGUGAAGGAACGUUUUACCAAUAAAAAGCACACAGACAUGCUGAUAAUGAUGCAGUUAAUUUUCAAGUAAUCGAAAUUCUUUAAUUAAACGUUUCGAACACACGUACUUCUUCUGCGAAUGUUAUAGAAUUACGAAUACAUAUAUUGUUAAUCGAAUUUUUGAAAUUAAAUCUGAUUCCCGGAUAAAAUUGUCCGACUGACUGUGAACAUCGUUCUUUUCGUAAAUAUAAUUUUCUUUUUUUUUUCUUUUUGGCCUAUCGACUCAGUGAAACAUUCCUGAUAAUGAGUAACAUUUAUUUCCUCUUAGCAUUCUACAGCUUUCAACGCACAAAUCAUGUACAUUUGUAUACAUUCCCGAUUCUCCAUGGAACAAAUACAAAUAUUAUAGUGACUUCAAUUCCCCUCAAGCCCGCUGUACGUACGGCGUUGACUAUAAAA